GAUUUGUUUUCGGUAAACACCCUGGGAACAGCUGUUUGAUGUGAACCGGCUAGCUGUUAGCCGCAGCCAACUUAUCACGAAACGUCAUUAAAUUGUGCUACUCUUUCCUUUUUUUUCUUACAUCUCUCAAGUUAAGGAGGAUUGUUACUAUGGAGCCCGCCUGCCGUAAAGACAAGCCAAAGCUGAACUCUACGCCAACCAGAGGAGACCGAGCCAGACAGAAAUCUGCACAACAAGAGCUCAAACAGCGGCAGAGAGCAGAGAUCUACGCCUUGAACAAGGUGAUGACGGAGUUGGAGCAGCAGCAGUUUGAUGCGUUCUGUAAACAGAUGCAGUCACAAGGAGAAUGACCGUCCUGUGUCACUGUCUGAGCUCGACCAGGACCUGUUACAUAAACCAAGUACACAGACACACACUGUUGUUCAUAUAAAAACCAAUGUUCCUGUUUUUAAAUCUGAACAGUGUUAAAUAUCCAAAUGUUUGAGAACAGGAAUCUGCACUUAUUGUACUGUAGCCAAGGAAGUGAAAACAACCGUCUCUAAGGUUUUUUGUUGUUUUGUUUUUUUUUGUUUUUGUUUUUUUUUUUUACUUCUGUCAGAAGAAAAGUGACUUAAAUCAUAUGUAAGCCUUGAUUUAAAACUCUAGUUUAACCCCCAGUUUAAAGUUUGGCUUUUAUUUUGUGCAUUCAGCAGAAAACCACAGAGCUGGUGUCCCAUUGAAGUCUUCCUCACUUAAAAUUAGAUUUAACACAUUGUCACUUUUAGCCAGAAGAAUACAUGUAUGAUUUUUUUUUGUAUCUCUGAGGAAUGAGAAAAUGCAACUUUACUUCGUACUGAAAAACAGUCAUAUUUUAAUAUAUAUAUAAGUAUUAACUGAAGUAGCUUUAAAUAAUGGUGCUCACAUUGGAAACUCUGCGGUGAUGACACUGUAUGCAGUGCUAAUUGGCCUGUGAAUUAGUGAAUUUUAUUGUUAUAAUUGCAGCCUGAGGGUUGUAUUUAUGUCCAAUGACUGAAAAAUGUUUUUAAUAAAUAAUUUUUUUAAGAGU